GGGGGUGAGCAGCCAGUGAUCCACCGGCAUCAUGGCUUCCACAUUGGAUAUUAACUGUUUUUAGCACACCCUAGAAGAAAAUAGCCAUUCAUUGUUGAAAAUCUGAGCCCAUUCUAGUCUCAUAUUGGGACUGAGUGUCCGUGCCGCCCUCUUCUCUCCCUCGACCGCCUCUAGAAGGAGGAUCUUCAGUGUUUUUAUUGUGAGUUUUCAUCCAUAAAUCGUGGAAGAUGGCCGACGUACCGGCGGAGUGCACCAUCAAAGUGAUGUGCCGUUUCAGGCCCUUGAAUAGUUCAGAAGUGACCAGAGGGGACAAAUACAUACCUAAGUUUCAAGGGGAAGACCAUGUGGUCGUCGGGAGCAAACCCUUCCAGUUUGACAGAGUGUUCCAGCCUAAUACGACACAGGAGCAAGUAUACAACGCCUGCGCCCAGAAGAUCGUCAAAGAUGUUCUGGAGGGGUACAACGGGACAAUAUUUGCAUAUGGACAGACGUCAUCCGGCAAAACACACACGAUGGAGGGUAACCUUCAUGACACAGAUGGGAUGGGGAUCAUCCCCAGGAUAGUACAGGACAUCUUUAACUACAUCUACUCUAUGGACGAGAACCUGGAGUUCCACAUCAAGGUUUCAUAUUAUGAAAUUUACUUGGACAAGAUUCGGGACCUCUUGGAUAUGUCAAAGACCAACCUGUCAGUGCAUGAAGACAAAAACAGAGUUCCCUAUGUCAAGGGAUGCACUGAGAGAUUUGUCUGCAGCCCAGAGGAAGUCAUGGAUACCAUUGAUGAAGGCAAAUCUAACAGACAUGUAGCAGUUACAAACAUGAAUGAGCACAGCUCCAGAAGUCACAGUAUCUUCCAGAUCAACGUGAAGCAGGAGAACACUGCUACAGAGCAGAAACUGAGCGGAAAGCUCUACCUCGUCGACCUGGCUGGAAGUGAAAAGGUCAGUAAGACUGGGGCGGAGGGAGCCGUGCUGGACGAGGCCAAGAACAUCAAUAAGUCUCUGUCUUCUCUGGGCAACGUCAUCUCAGCCCUGGCAGAAGGCUCUGGUUAUAUCCCGUACAGAGACAGUAAAAUGACCAGAAUCCUUCAGGACUCUCUGGGGGGGAACUGUAGGACCACCAUUGUUAUCUGUGCCUCUCCCUCUGCCUACAACGAGUCAGAGACCAAGUCCACCCUCAUGUUUGGACAGAGAGCGAAGACCAUUAAGAACACCGUGUGUGUGAACGUGGAGCUGACGGCAGAACAGUGGAAGAAGAAGUACGAGAGGGAGAAGGAGAAGGGCAAGGCCUUGAGGAACACCAUCACCUGGCUGGAGAAUGAGCUCAACCGCUGGAGGAACGGUGAGAGUGUGCCUGUGGACGAGCAGUUUGACAAGGAGAAGGCCCAGGCUGAGGUGCUGGCCCUGGACAAUGUGCCCAACGACAAGCCUGCCUCUACCCCCAACAUGCCCCAGCUCCGUCUGACCGACGCAGAGAAGGACAAGUGUGAGGGGGAGCUGGCCAAGCUUUACAAGCAGCUGGAUGAUAAGGAUGAUGAGAUAAACCAGCAGAGCCAGCUGGCUGAGAAGCUCAAGCAGCAGAUGUUGGACCAGGAGGAGCUGCUGGUGUCAUCGCGACGCGACCAUGACAACCUGCAGUCAGAGCUGAAUCGCCUGCAGGCUGAGAACGAGGCUUCCAAGGAUGAGGUGAAGGAGGUGCUGCAGGCCCUGGAGGAGCUGGCUGUUAACUACGACCAGAAGAGUCAGGAGGUGGAGCAGAAGACCACGGACUUUGAGAUGCUCAGCGAAGAGCUCAACCAGAAAUCAAACGUCCUGACGUCCAUUGACUCUGAGCUGCAGAAAGUGAAGGAGAUGACCAACCACCAGAAGAAGAGGACCAGUGAGAUGAUGUCAUCACUACUCAAAGACCUGGCAGAGAUUGGCAUCGCCGUGGGCAGCAACGACAUCAAGCAACACGAGGGCAGUGGUCUGAUAGACGAGGAGUUCACGGUGGCUCGUCUGUACAUCAGUAAGAUGAGAUCGGAGGUGAAGACCAUGGUGAAACGUUGUAGACAGCUGGAGAGCACCCAGUCAGAGAGCAACCAGAAGAUGGACGAGAACGACCAGGAGCUGGCCGCCUGUCAGUUGAGGAUACAACAGCACGAGGCUAAGAUCAAGUCUCUGACAGAGUACCUUCAGAACGUGGAGCAGAAGAAGAGACAGCUGGAGGAGAACGUUGACUCUCUGAACGAGGAACUGGUCAAGAUCAGUGCCCAGGAGAAAGUCACAGCCAUGGAGAAGGAGAACGAGAUCCAAUCUGCUAAUGAGGUCAAGGAGGCUGUGGAGCAGCAGAUCGCUGGUCACCGUGAGGCCCAUCAGAAACAGAUCAGCAGCCUGAGAGAUGAACUGGACAGGAAGGAACACCUCAUGACUGAACUGCAGGAUCUGAACCAGAAGAUCAUGCUGGAACAGGAGCGCCUCAGGGUGGAACACGACAAACUCAAGUCCACUGACCAGGAGAAGAGCCGGAAGCUACACGAGCUCACGGUGAUGCAGGACAGGAGAGAGCAGGCCAGACAGGACCUGAAGGGACUGGAGGAGACUGUGGCCAAGGAGCUCCAGACCCUGCACAACCUGAGGAAGCUGUUUGUCCAGGACCUGGCUACCCGAGUGAAGAAGAGUGCUGAGAUGGACUCUGAUGACACAGGAGGCAGCGCAGCUCAGAAACAGAAGAUCUCCUUUCUGGAGAACAACCUGGAGCAGCUUACCAAGGUUCACAAACAGCUGGUGCGUGAUAAUGCAGACCUGCGCUGUGAGCUUCCUAAACUGGAGAAGCGUCUGCGCGCUACGGCUGAGCGGGUCAAGGCCCUGGAGUCGGCGCUGAAGGAGGCCAAAGAGAACGCCGCACGCGACCGCAAACGCUACCAGCAGGAGGUGGACCGCAUCAAAGAGGCCGUCAGGGCCAAGAACAUGGCCAGGAGGGGCCACUCCGCUCAGAUCGCCAAACCCAUUCGUCCUGGCCAGCCCCCAGUGGCAUCCCCCACCCACCCUAAUGUGAACCGUAGCGGAGGGGGUUUCUAUCAGAACAGCCAGACCGUGGCCAUCAGGGGAGGAGGGGGCGUGAAGCCAGACCAGAACAGCUGAGGACAGGAUGGGGUGUGACCACAGAAGAAGCAGAAGGAUAUCACCCUGACAACCUGUCAUCCCAUUACAGCCAUUGGCUCCUUGCAGGGUAUAUAUUAGAGUGAGGGAGGAGUUUAAAUAUAAAUAUAUAAAUAUUCAUUGCCUGUACAGAUCCACCUACACUCAUGUUUCUUCUCUCUGAAACAAACAUGAACUACAGAAAUGAAUUGAAUAUACAAAACAACACGACAUCCACCAACCACAGAGUCUUGGUGUUAUGAACGACAUGUGACUUGAAUGUGUAGCUUUGUUUCGUUGCACAGUUUGUUGUCAUCUGUGUCUUAAGGUUUAGUCUGCACUGUGCCAAGUUGAAUGUACUGUAACCAGGAUUUCAGAAGAGGUGAGAGGAAAACAUGAAAAGCGACUAGGGAAAAGAAAGAAAGAAAAGGAUGAUUGAUAACACAGAUGUUAUUUCACUAAUCUCUUUGUACAACACAUUUCCUUAUUGUCCUCCUGGUUGCACAACACUUCUUUCUCUGAAUAGAUUUUACAAGCUUGUUAAAAGGUCUGAACCGAAUAGAUGGCCAUCGAGCACUACUGUCCUGUCGUACAGGUGUAACAUGGCACUGCUUCCUUACGAGGUGUUUGGAUUUGAAAUGCCAAGAGGUGGGACUACAGUGUGGAUCUAUUUCAUGACAGAAAACCUGUGGCGGCCAUUGUUUUUUCGAGUGAGGAAAAUAAAGCGACGUGCGGGUGAGGUGGCUACAUGGAAACAUAUGUGAGAAGGAAAGAGGAGUCCGAUCAGGAGCGCGCUGUCAUGUCUGCGUCUCAAACGACACCCUUUCCCUUAUAUAGUGCACUUCUUUUCAACAGGACCAAUAGGGCUCUGGUCAAAAGUAGUGCACUAUAUAAGGAAUAUGGUUAUAUUUGGGACACUACCUAUACCUUAUCACAGCCUAUUUAGUCCAUUUUAAUGUGCUGUUAGGGUUGUUAUUUAUCUAUCUGCACAUAGGAGCACAUGCUUAGACUACUGGUCCACUGAGAUAGAUGGCCCACACAUGCGUAGACUACUGGUCCACUGAGAUAGAUGGCCCACACAUGCGUAGACUACUGGUCCACUGAGAUAGAUGGCCCACACAUGCAUAGACUACUGGUCCACUGAGAUAGAUGGCCCACACAUGCGUAGACUACUGGUCCACUGAGAUAGAUGGCCCACACAUGCAUAGACUACUGGUCCACUGAGAUAGAUGGCCCACACAUGCGUAGACUACUGGUCCACUGAGAUAGAUGGCCCACACAUGCGUAGACUACUGGUCCACUGAGAUAGAUGGCCCACACAUGCGUAGACUACUGGUCCACUGAGAUAGAUGGCCCACACAUGCUUGUCCUGUCCUAGCUAGGUCUUCUGAUCCAUUCAUCACCUUUGCCCUGACCUCCUCUCUAAAAUAUUGGCUGGUUGCUGUUUUUCAUUUUCUGUUUCUAGUAUCUUAUUGUUAUCAAGGGGCUCCCAUGUGGUGCCCUCCCUGUCAUGUGAAGUGGAUUAAACCAAGUUAAUCAACUAUGCUAUUGGAUACUGCUAUAUUUGAUCCAUCCAUCUAUUUUGUUUGAAUCAAUACUUUUCCCAGAGCCUUAUAUUGAGAAUGAGACUUUUCCAAAAAUAUGUUUUUAAAUGAUCUGUAUCUCUAAUGCUAAUAGUUACUACCCAUAGAGUCAGCUCUAAUGCUAACAGUUACUACCCAUAGAGUCAGCUCUAAUGCUAACAGUUACUACCCAUAGAGUCAGCUCUAAGGCUAACAGUUACUACCCAUAGAGUCAGCUCUAAUGCUAACAGUUACUACCCAUUGAGUCAGCUCUAAUGCUAACAGUUACUACCCAUUGAGUCAGCUCUAAUGCUAACAGUUACUACCCAUAGAGUCAGCUCUAAUGCUAACAGUUACUACCCAUAGUCAGCUCUAAUGCUAACAGUUACUACCCAUAGAGUCAGCUCUAAUGCUAACAGUUACUACCCAUUGAGUCAGCUCUAAUGCUAACAGUUACUACCCAUAGAGUCAGCUCUAAUGCUAACAGUUACUACCCAUUGAGUCAGCUCUAAUGCUAACAGUUACUACCCAUUGAGUCAGCUCUAAUGCUAACAGUUACUACCCAUUGAGUCAGCUCUAAUGCUAACAGUUACUACCCAUAGAGUCGGCUCUAAUGCUAACAGUUACUACCCAUUGAGUCAGCUCUAAUGCUAACAGUUACUACCCAUUGAGUCAGCUCUAAUGCUAACAGUUACUACCCAUAGAGUCAGCUCUAAUGCUAACAGUUACUACCCAUAGAGUCAGCUCUAAUGCUAACAGUUACUACCCAUAGAGUCAGCUCUAAUGCUAACAGUUACUACCCAUAGAGUCAGCUCUAAUGCUAACAGUUACUACCCAUAGAGUCAGCUCUAAGGCUAACAGUUACUACCCAUAGAGUCAGCUCUAAGGCUAACAGUUACUACCCAUAGAGUCAGCUCUAAUGCUAACAGUUACUUACUACUUAUCGGUAGAUUGCUGUACUGUAUCUGUCUGUAAAUUGGAUCUGGAUUGGUUGGUUGGGAUGGCAGUGUUUGAUUGGCCCACCUUUGCCACUGAUCAGCCAGUCAGAUGAGCGGGGCCUUGGGUUAGGAAGGAGAAUAGGGUAUCCAGUUUUAUAUUUCCCCCACUGAUGGUAAAGGUUAGGAUUGGGGGAGGGGAAGCUGAUCCUAGAUCUGUACCUAGGGAAAACGUCACCCUGGAGCGGGUGGAGAACAUAGUUUGGUUUAGUCUGCUGGUAAACUAGGGCUUUGUGUGAAAUACCAGCCUAUUCCCUAUAUAGUGGGCUUUCAUAUUCAGCCUAUCCUAAAGAAUAUGGGUUAUUCAUCAAAUAUCUAGUCAGGAGACAAGGACUAUACAGAUAGAUUUGACACUUCUUCUCUUUCAUUUUUUAAAUGUCUUCCCGAAUCCCCUUUAUAUAUGAGAGUCAAAUGUUUUCUCUUGAUUUUAUGUCCUGGUGUAAAUUCUGAAACAUUUGCAAAAACAUUGCUGUGAUUGUAGCUCAGCAUGAAUCAAACCACCGACAUCUUGUGAGUCCAAUAUGAUUAUACUGUAUAUCAACAAUAUAAUGUUAGGUGUGACCAGGGUUGAAUCUUUUGAAUAGUCUUUAGCCAUGACACGGUGAUGGUGUUUAUGAAAUGAACUUUUGUUGUCUUGGGAGGAUUAUACACACAAAUUGAUAGCACUUCAGAACUCUUCUCCACAUACACCUGCGCUUUAAUGUAAACCUAACAUUAGGUUCCCUUGUAAAACACUUCAUACCUGUGGUGACUUAUGAGGGGGAAGUGUAAAGCAUUUUCAAAAGUCUGAUAAAUGUAACUUAAAUGUAUGGAACUUUGUUUACGUGAUUGGCAUAGUGGUCUAUUUGCUGUUAUUAGAGGCUAGUUUGGGAGAGGCUAGUUUGGGAGAGGCUAGUUUGGGAGAGGUAGGUAGGCUAUACCUAUGACAGGACAAUGCUUUGCGUCUAUCACGUUUUCCUCUUUCUAACUUUUAGAACAGUAAACACUUUGCAACAUGGUCUUCGAAGUGCUUAGUACCUUAUCCUUACCUGCCCAGGGUUCUACUGAUAUGGAUUUAAUGGAUAUUAAAUAGAAAAGUCUAGAACAAGAAGCACAGUAACAGCCAUUUGUCCAUGGCGUUUACCAACCAAAUUAAUUUGUUUGCAUUGAUUCUAAAGAAAAGCGUAGCCACUUUUAUUACUGUGUAAUAGUUACUCAACAAUUUCUAAUUUACAGAUAAGGACAAAGGUACUGGAUCAUUCCUAGGUUCUGUCCCAAAUCGCAUCCUAUUUCCUAUGUAGGGCACUACUUUGUACAUAGGGAAUAGGGUUCCAUUUCGGACGGAACCAUAGAGAACUGGGCCACAAUUGCAGCGCUCUGAUUGGAGGAGGAGGGGAGGUUAAAGGUUAAUGAUGAUGUCACCUUUUUGGAUUGAUUGCAUGUAUGUGUGAUUAAAUCAUUAUGAGAAAAACA